ACAACUGGAAGACAAGGUGCUGCGGCGUCCCGCCCAACUUUCAACUGAGGUCCAGCAAGUUAUCCCCGCUUCGUUUUCCUCAGUUGUGAUAUUGGAUCAAUCUGUAUCACGUUCUUUCGUGAGGCGACUAAUUAUACUGUUCAACUGGACUCGUUAAGUUACCUGUGCAUUUCUGUAAUCACCUGCUACUUUGCUUUAAGACAUUGACUCGUGUUCCAUCGGACAUUGGACCUUCGUCUCGCACAACUUGGUUCUUUAGGAGAGAAUCCUACGAAUCUCGAACAACGCCUCACAACUGGGUUUGCUGCUUUAAAUCUGAAACAUUCCCCAUUUCGCUUCAGUGUUCUCACUUCAUUUCUAAGUGCUCUACCGAAAACUAAAUAGCUGCGUCGUUCAAGAAAAUUGUUUUGCUUUUUGCCACUUGUUUGUUUUGUUAAAUCAAUUGAAUCUUUUUAUUUUUGUUCUUUAGUUAAAUUUUUUUAAAUAAAUAAAGAAUUAGCAAUGGGAGGGCAAAGCACGUUGACCUUUCCACUUCAAUUGGAGCGGGCAGUAGAGCGGCAACAAGAGCUGACUGUCUACAUAGCCCAACCGGACGACGGCCAAGAAAUAUUUGAAUUUCUACUCCAGCAUUUCUUUCCGCUAGCACCUAUUCGCCAACUUGCAUUGUAUGACGAAUCCGAAGAAGCCAAACGACCCGAAUGGGUAGACGACAUUGUCCGUGAAUGCGUCCAAGCACCUUAUUCGCUGCUCGUGCGGGAUGCUUGUCUUCACAAUCAAAUAGUGGCAGUUGCAAUUAACGACAUGAAAAAACGUACUUCAACACAUGGGGCCAAUCAUCAGCUCUACGCUCCUAAAAGCAACAAUCCAGCGCAAAUUCCCGUUGGUCGUUUGCAUAAAGCUGUGUUGGAAGACAUCAAUCGUGAUGUGGAUAUCUUCGCCAUUUUCCAAACGGAAAUCAAAAUGGAAAUAGGUGCGCUCGCUGUAGAUGGACGAUACACCCGCCAAGGCUUGGCCACGAGAUUAGUGGAACUCUCACUGCGCAUCGCAAAAGCCCAUGGAGCAGGUGCCGUUUGGACGGAAGCGCUGAGCGCGUACACGGCCAAAGCGGUGUCCAAGUUGGGCUUCGAUGUUCUCAAGAGCGUUACAUAUGAUGACUUUAGAUACGAAGGAGAGUUACCUUUGGCUAAUAUCCCUGGGCAUAGUGUUGGACGUCUGAUGGCUCGCAAAAUUUGAA